AUGCUGUUUGGUCUAAAAUCAAGCCCAGUAACUUUUGUAAGAUUAAUGGAUAAGAUCUUAGGUGAUGUAUUAGGCAAAGAUGUACACCGCUACAUAGAUGAUUUGGUAAUAGUAACAGAUACAACUAAGGAACACAUAAAACUAGAAAGAGAAGUCCUAAAGAGAUUAAGAAAAGUUGAAGAAGUGUGGAAAAUGGGUUCAUUAAAUAAUCAGCAAGGAGAGGCGAAUGGUGCUGAACUGGCAGGAUGGGAUCCGAGAAUGGAAGAUUACAUGAAUUCGCAAAGUUCAACAAGCUCUGGCUCUAAUUUCACCCGCUCAAACAACUUGGCUCGAAACAAAGAGGUUGUGUGGGAGCCUCGUGGUCUGUAUGUGAGGAAUAUUCCACUUAGUUUAUCAGAGGAAAGCCUGCUUAAAAUCUUCAGUGCACAUGGGAAAGUUCUUAGUGUUUACAUUGGCAAGCCUCGUAGUGAUUUUGCAGCUGCAGAUGUAACUUGGGGUAUUGUGAAAGUGGAGAGCAUGAGAGAUGCAUUGGCUAUGAUUACAGAAUUGAAUUAUAAAAGUCCCUUGAAGCUGAAGGUAGAGCUGUCUCUGAGUGAGGAAGAAAGGACAAAAAGAAAACAAGAAAAGGAAAUGGAGAGAAAUGCUCAGAAGGAGAUGGAGACUUGUGUAUCCAAUCGUCUUUGUCCUGAGGAUUUGAAGCAAAUGAUGCCAGUUAAUAAAUCACAUGAAUUUCCAGCAUCCAUUGAUAGUGGGUUGGGGCGUGGAAAAAUGUUAGCAUCAUUAACAAGACAGGUGAGUUUUGUAAUCCAGAUGGUAAAAUUUGUGUUACUUUGA